GCCGACACAGCCGCUUGGAGACGCGUCUCCUCACAAAAGAGCGAGGAGGGGAGGGAGUGCGCCUGCGCGCUUUACUUGGCCUCGCUUCUGGAGACAGGGGAAACUCCGCAUUGAGUGUCAGGCCGGGUGAGGAAGGGAAGGGAGUUUAAGGGGAGACGCUUGGGCUCAUUACCUGCAGACGGGAACCAUCUGGCUAGAGUUGGUGCUGCUGGCUUUCUGUCCUUCUGCCUCUCCCGCCCCUCCAUCUCCCCUCCCAGCUUCCCACAGAUACAAGCAAGCGAGCUGUAUUGGUAGAUUUGCCAUCUGAAGGCUUUUAACUGGAGACAGGGAGAAGACGUCCACCGGGUCUGCAGCCUGGUGGCCAAUGAUGCAGGUGGUCAGGGACUCUCUUCCAGAGUGGCUGGGCUUUGCUAGGAAUUCUGUCACUUUGUCGCUGCUAAACGUGGCCAAUUAAUCCACGUGGGAAUGUGCCUGCAGAAAAGGGAGAGGCCCAGUCCAAUUUGUUUAUAGCACAGCUGCUGGCAGAGUGGAACAGGUCCCUAAGCAGUGCUAAGAAGGAUGGAGCCACAAAAGAAUCUGCUGGACACGUGCUCUGAUGCAUUGAUGUGACAGUGUUGAAUUGUAAGCUCCCUUAUUCCAGAGUGGCUGGGACUGGUUUUGAAAGCCACAGGGAAUGCUUGAAAAGGCAGCAACUAUUUUCAACAAGAUUAUGCAUUUGAUUGGAAAUUGGUAACUCAUCCCAAGCCACACUUGUGAUCAGCAUGCUUUUGUCAAGUAUCACAAAGCAGCAGAACCACCAGCGCCCCAGUUCUCUUGGGGGAGAGCAGCCAGAAAAGCAAAAUGAGAGCUUCAGGUCCAAGAGCUUACCGGUGCUGAAUGGAUCUGUUCCACAGAUUAACACCUCACAGAGUGCUCUCAUUGCAGCCAAAAGGAACUUCUUGCAGAGCUUCCAGGGGGGGGUUGAUCAGAGGUGUGGCCUUGUCCCUGACACAUUAGCACAUCACAACAAUGUUGCUGCUGCUACUGCUUCUUCUAGGACUAUGUUGUCUUUUACAGCUUCCAGUUUUUCAAGAAUUGGGAGUUUUGCUGAAAGAACAGGCUGCAAUAACUCUACUGGCGUGAGUAAAGGGGUUUCACCAGCUUCUACUCUGCUAGCAAUCCCAGGUAGAAAAUUUCUCAACAUAGUAUUGAUAGACUCCCGGUUCUUUUUGGUAUGCAUGUGCUUCCUGACUUUCAUCCAGUCCCUAAUGGUCUCUGGCUAUCUGAGCAGUGUUAUCACCACCAUUGAAAGGAGGUACAGUCUGAAAAGUUCUGAGUCUGGACUGUUGGUCAGCUGUUUUGAUAUUGGCAGCCUGGUGGUAGUGGUUUUCAUCAGUUACUUUGGGGGGCGAGGGCGAAGGCCUCUGUGGCUUGCUGUCGGUGGUUUUUUUAUUGCACUUGGGGCUGCCAUGUUUUCUUUACCUCAUUUCAUCUCUCCACCAUAUCAGAUCCAGGAACUAAACUCCUCUGUCUCUAAUGAUGGCUUAUGCAUGUCUGGCAAUAACUCAGUCAAAGACCAUGUGGAGUCGCCAGCAUGUUUCAUGGAUUCAGGUGGAAAUGACCACUCACUCUAUGUAGCUUUAUUUAUUUGUGCCCAAAUUCUUAUUGGCAUGGGCUCCACACCCAUCUAUACGUUGGGACCAACCUACUUGGAUGAUAAUGUCAAGAAAGAAAACUCAUCGCUUUACUUAGCCAUCAUGUAUGUAAUGGGAGCUCUUGGUCCUGCAGCAGGAUAUUUAUUAGGAGGAGUUCUUAUUGGAUUUUAUGUGGAUCCUAGAAGUACUGUUUAUAUUGACCAGAGUGACCCUCGUUUCAUUGGGAACUGGUGGAGUGGAUUUCUCCUUUGUGCCACUGCAAUGCUUCUUGUUAUACUCCCAAUGUUUACUUUCCCCAAAAAGCUUCCACCUCGACACAAGAAGAAAAAGAAGAUGCACUCUGAUGAUGUUUUAAGUGAUGAUGACAUUGUGAAAGAGAAAGCAAACAGCAAAAGUCAGGUAGACAAUGAAGUUCCUGCUUCAAUGGGAUUUGGAAAGAAUGUUAAAGAACUUCCAAGAGCAGCUGUCAGGAUCUUAAGCAACAUGACAUUCCUUUUUGUGAGUUUGUCAUACACAGCUGAGAGUGCCAUUGUUACUGCUUUUAUUACCUUCAUUCCCAAGUUCAUCGAGUCACAGUUUGGCAUCCCAGCUUCCAAUGCUAGCAUCUACACUGGUGUGAUUAUUGUUCCAAGUGCUGGUGUUGGCAUUGUCCUAGGGGGUUACAUUAUAAAAAAACUCAAACUCAGUGCAAGAGAGUCUGCAAAAUUGGCAAUGAUCUGCAGUGGUGUGUCUUUGCUGUGCUUUUCAACACUCUUCAUUGUUGGAUGUGAAAGCAUUAAUCUAGGGGGGAUAAAUAUACCAUAUACCACUGGUCCUACACUCACCAUGGCACAUAGGAAUCUGACUGGUAGCUGCAAUGUCAACUGUGGCUGCAAAAUCCAUGAAUAUGAACCUGUGUGCGGGUCAGAUGGAAUCACAUAUUUCAACCCUUGCCUGGCUGGUUGCGUCAGCAGUGGAAAUCACAGCAGAGGGAUAAGAAAUUAUACAGAAUGUGCCUGUGUCCAAAGCAGACAAGUUAUCACACCACCGACAGUUGGACAGCGCAGCCAGCUAAGAGUGGUGAUCGUCAAAACAUAUCUCAAUGAGAAUGGUUAUGCUGUAUCUGGGAAGUGUAAUCGGACCUGCAAUACACUCAUCCCGUUCCUCGUUUUUCUCUUCAUAGUUACACUUAUUACGGCAUGUGCCCAGCCAUCAGCAAUCAUAGUAACGCUCAGGUCUGUGGAAGAUGGUGAGAGGCCUUUUGCACUUGGAAUGCAAUUUGUUUUAUUAAGAACCCUUGCAUACAUUCCUACUCCAAUUUAUUUUGGAGCUGUCAUUGACACUACCUGCAUGCUGUGGCAACAGGAGUGUGGCGUGCAAGGCUCAUGCUGGGAAUAUGAUGUGACGUCAUUUCGUUUCGUCUACUUUGGUCUAGCAGCUGGUCUCAAAUUUGUUGGAUUCCUGUUCAUUUUCCUUGCUUGGUACUCCUUGAAAUAUAAAGAAGCGAAGCUGCAAAGGCAGAUGUGGAGGGGGUCACCUAUCAACACAGUGAGCGAGGUGGUGGGAAACACUGGAGCUCAACAAAACUAUGCACGGACUAGAUCCUGCCCCACUUUUAGCUCUCAAAGCGAGCAUGCUGAAGAUGCUGGUCUGACAAUAGGAGUACAUUACAUAGCACAGACCUAUCCUGGCCUCCUUAUAGAAGCAAUAAAUGCUCCAGUUGAAAAGGCUCCAGAAGAGGCCACUCCUGAGAUACAGGACCCUCCUUUUUAGUAACCUCAAAUUUGGUUUGCUGGUCAAUUUUUAUGUAUGGGGCCUUUUGAAACACCUGUGCCUUCUUUUCUUAACCUGAUCUGUAACAGAUAACAAACCAACAAAGCUUAAUGCACAGAGCCAUGACGUAUCUGAGGGCUGGAUACCUCAAAACAACCCAGGUAGCUCUUUCUUCCCUUUUGGGGAAGGGAGUUUUAAAGUAUGUUUGUAAGUAUUUCAGCUGUGUCUGUUAAAUCCCCUAGUUCCAGGCAAAUGUUAAAAGGUCAGAGAUCGUAAAUGGCAAGAGUCCUGACAGAAAUGCAUACAUUCCUGAUAACAAAAAAAAAAAUGCAUCCACAACUCUUGGACUGGGGAGGAAUAAGUAAUUAUUUUGAUUUCUGGUUCAAAGCACAACGAAAACUUCUCUCAGCUAUGCAACUUGGAUUGAAUAACUUUUUUGUUCUGUGUAUUUAUUUUUUUCUCAGUCACCUCAUUUGAAGUAGAAAAGGGUGGAGCCAUAAAAUGUAAAGCUACGCAAUAUGUCCUUUUUAUUCUGUUUUAAAUAAAAACUACUUAAAACCUUAAAAGCGCAGUUAAAUAUACCAGGUACUGUCUGAAACUGUAAGGCAUAACAGUUUUAGUCUGUUAAUAUUUAUUUAAUUUUAGCAUAACAAUGUAAUAUUUCUUAGUUUAGCACCAAGAUCGCAGAAUUAUAACCACCAGUAACUUCAGAACUAAUCUGUAGUAACAUUAGGGCAUUUAACAAAUGUGCAUAAAGACCAGCUUAGUAUUUACAUAGUCAUUCUUGCAACAAGGAACUAAUCUGCCAUAUAUACUCUACUAUGGCUUCCCUCAAAUUCAUACUUGAAUUUUCCUAGAAUGAACUGACACAAAGAAAAAUUGACCUCUUGGGGUGUGGCCGUUUGAGGAGAACCUGAUCUUUGUUAUGCCACAUGGACAGAUUGCUGUUCACAUACCUCAUCAUGCACUAACUGUCAGAGUAUGCAAUAGUUCAGUUAAAUGCCUGUUUUGCCAUGAGGCCUGCUGUAACGCACACUGAAUUCUUGCCAGUUCCCCAAGGGUUAAUUGUUGAGUAGGUGACCUUUGGCUUCAGGGCAGCCAGAGCUGAUCUCAGCUUGCUGCAGUAUUAGAGGAUUAUAGGUUCCAAGAUGUAGAGAAACUGAGGCUCAAAGCUAUAUAAAUAUUGUGUGAUUAUUUCAUCUCACAGUUAGGUGGGGUUUUUUUUAGUGCAAAGCAACCACAGGAAGCUAUGAUCUAGAGUGGAGCAUUGGCAGGAGGAGUUGCUUAAUGCUUUCCCAUCCUGCCAUUUGUUCACUCAAAAAUAACAUCCUUCUCCCUAUCAUCUUUUCCUCUGUGAGUGGGAAGGUAGCUUGAAGAGGCAGUGGAAUUCUGAGCAGGCAAAUAGCAAGAAGGCUUCUCUCACUCUGCCUGCUUUUGAUCCUAGUUUCUGAUGCUAUUUUCUUUUUAACUGUUCAGGAAAUAAUCAUGCAGCUGUGUUGCAUGUAGUUCAAGCCAAAGUUCCAGGCGGGCUUGUUCUGUUUAAGUUUAUACAAUUUUGUUAAGCAUCAGUUUUGAGAGGGUAUAAUUUACAGUUUAAGCAGUUAUAUUCCCAGUGAGAUCAAAAGCCUUCUGAGUGCUUAGUGAAAUGGUCAGUUAUCUCUUGGAAAUGUUACUUGCUGUAUUACAUAUUGCAUCAAAGUUUUUGGUGUCAUAAAGGAUUUCUGUUGUGAUUGUUUUUCUUCUUGAAGUUAAAGGGCUGUACAGUGAAUUCUGUGCAUGUAGUGGACUUUCUAAGUCUUCGCAGAUUCAGUCAUCUGUGAUCCUAGGCAAGAUGCUCAUGAAUGCAGAGGAAGUUCAGGUGAGGCUUCUAAUACAAUCUAAGGAGUUGCUGUCAGAAAGUUGAAACUGGAAUCUGCCCUGUCUGAUCACAAGCCCUUGUGGACCGAUAAAAUAGUGUUUUGGUUUGCAAUAGAUGGGAAAUAUGAUGAGAAAAAAUGCUUUAUAGUAGAAGAAAACAUUAAGAGAAACACUCUGGUAGAAAAUGGGAAGCACAUGAGGCAAUGUGUGUGUAAAUGGCGCUCAUGGUUGCUGUGGCAGAGUGCAUAUGCAGUGCUGACCCUCUAAACCAGGGUUUGCAUUGAUGAAUAUUUAAUGCAGAACCAUGGUUAAUGUUGGAAGGGAAUGGCUGAGGGAGUGUAGUUCUGAAAACGUUCUGAGGCGAGUGAAGGAAGUGCUUAAAUUUAUGAAGCUGACUCCUGAUUUUGCAAAUCAUGGUUUGCAGAGAGCCAACCUUGCAUAUGAACUAGAACUGAAUGCAGUAGCCUGCAUUUCAAGGAAAACGAAUGCACUUCCGGUGAAAGGGUGGACUGCCCUCUAUUCAGUCAGUAUCUUUCAAGCGGUGUGCAUUUCUGUGCAGAUUCAUGCUCAAGGCACCUUCAGUGUCAUUGUUAAAAGCAGCAGCAAGAGGUCUAGUCAUAUUAAUUACCUCCCAACAUUAUUGUUCCUUGGUUGGGCUGUUUAGAUGCCAUCCCUUUCAGAUGUGGAAGAAGGGGAAGCACCUUAAUACUUCCAACAUGUAAUAAAAGGGUUCCCCCUCCAACAGUGUUUUGUUUUAAAGUAAUAUUUUGAUAUGUUGAAUAUAAUGUAAAUAGAAGUAGGCAGCCAUACAUAUUAAUGUAAAUAGAUGUUUAUACUUGUAGUAUUAAGGGUAUUUGUACAAACCUAAUAUUGCCUCAAAAUCUUCAAAUUCUUCUUCUAACUGCAGUUAUUUCAGUGUUGGUUUUAUACCCUUGAAAUUUGAAACAUCCAAAGUUGCCUCCAAUGUACUGCAUUAUUCUGAGCUUAUUUAUUUCAGAUCAUUGUAUCAUGUAUUUAUAGUGUGUUACUUACUCUUGUAUCCUGCGUGACAUUGUCAUAUAUAGAGGGUGUAAGGCUUAGAUUUGUUCUAGGAUUGCUGUGACUGUAGUUUUCUAAAGUUCCCUUUUUAGUAGAGGAAAUAAUGAACAUUGUUCCUCCUGUAGAAACAAUUGAGGCAACUGGAUUCCCCUUUGAACUAGGCUGCUCUGGUGCUAAUGUGAUAAGUCGUCCUCUCUCUGGCAUGAGAAUGUUUCAUAUAGAUUUAAACAGCUGCAUGUGCUUGCCUUCUGAAAUUCUAAUUGUCUAAAACAUAGGUGCACAUAAUCAUUGGUAUGUUGGGCAUACAUUCCUGCUCCACAUGUUGGUCAUUUGCCUGAAGUAGUACAAAAUUUAAACCAAUGUUUUAAAGAUAUUUUAGGCUUGAAGAAUCAGCUGUUAUUAAUUCACAGCUGAUCUGUAAACAUAACAUUCAGGAGGAGGGUAUUAACCAUUCAAAGACAUUGCAAUACCCAGUUCUGCAAAAUAAAUAUAAGCAGCAAGUUAUCAAGGUUUCUGUGGGACCUUUUGAACACACAUAAUAUGUGCAUAUUGGUCACGUGACACUUCUAAUUAUCUCCCACCACCAUUUGUUCAGGUUAAUACUGAAUGAAUGUGGUAAUAGUGUCAAUGGAGAAAGGCAAGCCAUGUCAUUUGGCUUGUGAAUUUGCAAAACAGUUGGGAAGUGUAUAGUAACAACGUAUGCUCAAUACUCACUGAGAAUAUGUAAUAAUUCCAUCUGAGAGGAAACUAAAAUUGCAGGGAUUAACUAAAUAGAAAUAUUUCUAAAAUAUGCAAUUUUGAAUCGCUGUUACAUUUUUUUAUACUCAGAUACAUCUCUCUCAAGCAAAUGGGACUUUUGCCAUUGGUUGCACUUGCACCUAAUGUUAAACAUGUAACGUUAAGCACUGAAUGAGCUUAAGUGUCAGGCUUACAGGUUCUCUCCUCUGCUCCUCCUGCAUAGCAGGAAGAACUUCACCUGAGUUUGUUUCAUUUUUAAACUUUGUGAAGUUUCAUAAUAAGCUGACUUCAAGCCAUAGAUUAUGAUGCUGGUUUAUUAAAUUAACCAAUGUUUUAAACCAAGAUUCUAGGAUGAAACUAAAUUGUAAUGCUACAUCAGAAUUUUUUAAAAAUGAAAAAAAGGUGAAACAAGGGAAAAGGGAUCUUGUGAGCCUGAUGCAUCACUCAUCUAUGUAACACUAAACCAUGGAUAAACAUUUUGUGCAAAUGUGGCUAGUGAUUUCAAAUGAAACACCGUUAUGUUGUAUUUCAAAUCUGAUUCCAGAAAAACAACAACCUUGUAUUAAUCAAGGAGCAAGCUAGUUAAAAAUGUUACACCGAGUAAAUGUUUCUUGAAAGUGUCAUACAGGAAGGUGUUUAUCUAUUGUGCCUGUGGUGACAAGCAAUGCAGAUUUGAUGGACACAGUAGGUUCCUUUAUAGUGAAGAUUUUUCAAAUGCUUCUGUCUCUGUGGAACACAGAACAGUUUUCCAAACCUAUGUGCAAGCUCAUGUAAAACAAACCGUAUGGACAACAUUUGGUGUAAACAUUUGUUUGCAAGUGAACCCCUUGAAUACUUGAUAUUUUGAAAUAAAAAUGGCUUCUCAUUGUGUCUCAUUCA